AUGUACCACCCACCAGAGAUGUUCCCCCAGUAUGGGGGCUCCUAUCCUCUGCGACCACCACCCCCGCCUGGAGCUGCCUAUCCCCAGAGUCAGGCACCCCAGUAUGAAGCCUUCAGAUACCCAGAGCUGGAAGCUGCCCCCAAAUUGGAUGGUUUCUUCCCAGGCCUGGAACCCCCUGGGCGCCUCCUGCCCCCCACUCCUGGCCUCCCUUAUGGAACAUCUCAGGCACUCCCAUCAGGCCCCCCAACAACUGCUCGGCUACCCCCUGGAGUACGGAUGAGCUUGGAGAACAGCGAGCUCUGGAAACGGUUCAGUGGCAUUGGCACCGAGAUGAUCAUCACCAAAGCAGGCAGGCGGAUGUUUCCACAGCUAAAAGUUUCAGUAACAGGACUGGAUCCUGAAGCGAAGUACCUACUGCUGGUGGACGUCGUACCCGUAGGAGGCUCCCGCUACAAGUGGCAUGGCAAACAGUGGGAAGCCAGUGGCAAGGCAGAAUUACCACCCCCAGACCGGGUUUACAUCCAUCCUGACUCACCUGCAUCAGGUGCCCACUGGAUGCGCCAACCUGUAUCCUUCCAUCGGCUCAAGCUUACCAACAAUACUCUGGAUCCUCACGGACAUCUGAUCGUUCACUCCAUGCAUCGUUACCAGCCCCGAGUACACGUGGUGGGAGCUGGAGGGCGCCGCGGAGCAGGGGGUGGCUGUGCUUCGUUCACCUUUCCUGAGACCCAGUUUCUGACAGUCACGGCCUACCAGAACCCACAGAUCACUCAGAUGAAGAUAGAAAGCAAUCCUUUUGCAAAAGGCUUCCGAGAAAAUGGUAUGAACAGCAAAAGGGAGCGUGAGGCCCGAAUCAAAAGGAAGAUGAAGACCAAUGAAUGCGAAGCAAACCUGGGUGAAAGUGAGAGCAAGAAAGGCCCCUGCGACUCCACCCUGACAGAAGAGGUGCCUCUGGAACAACAGCCCCCCCCUGCACUUCCACAGCCAUCCUGUUCCUUCUACCCUCCCACAGUAACAAAUCUCAAUGGGGCUGAGGCUUAUGUACAACACCCAGCUGCCUUUCAUGGUUUGCGGGGGCCAUCAUCACCUUACGGCAGCCCAAGCCAAGAAAUAACAGCUCCUCCACCUUCUCCCCCCACCAAGUCACCUCCUGAGCAACCGGAUUUCAGAACAAUGCUCCCACCAAGCUGGCCCGGCCUGGAUAUGAUUCCUUUCCUUGGAGGCGCAGAACCACCAGAAGCUCCCUCUUUCUCUCCUUUCAAAUUCAGUCUCGCACCCUACCCGCCUCCACCUCGCGUCUACGGACCUCCCUCUGGCUUCUCUGGCUCGCAGCCGUCUAUGCUUUAA